UCUGGUCUCCAUGGCAACUUACCGGGCUGGUUUGGGAAGAUGGCGGCUCUAGAGAGGUCAAGCCGGGCCCCUCCAGAUCGGGACUCCAGGCUUCUGUGCUUCUAGAGAGACGCGCCAAUCCCGCUCCCGCUGCGCUCUCCCUCGUCGCCGCGAUGUUCGGGGACGGGCUGGCGCGCGGUGCCGAUAUAGAGUCGCUGUGGCGAAGAGACCAGGGGACCCGCUGCGAGGCGAAAAGUUGCCAGACUGGGGAGAUCUCAACAGAGGAGGCUGCAGUCCAGUCCUGUUCCAGUCGAGAUGCUGGCAUGCAGACUGAGCAAAGUGAAGAGACUAUUCAAUACUUGGAUCUCCAGCAGGAAGCUCUGGUGGAUUAUACUGGCCUGCUCUCGUUCCUUCAGGGAGUAGAGGAAGUUGUUAUCAAAGAGCUGAAUAAAAACUGGAGAAGUCAUGCCUUCGAUGGCUUUGAGGUGAACUGGAUAGAUCAGAAUGAAACGGUGUCCUGUUUGCAUAGCUUGUCAUACCCAGAGGCUCAGGAUCAGAAAUUGCAGGUGACUAGCAUCUCCUGGAAUGCCACUGGAUCAGUUGUUGCAUGUUCUUAUGGCAGACUGGAUGAUGGGGACUGGAGCACAGAAAAAUCCUACGUUUGUACCUGGAACCUGGACAGAAGGGGGUUAAAUCCAAAGCGUCCCGAUCUAGUAGUAGAUGUUCCUAGUUCAGUCAUGUGCCUGGCUUUCCAUCCAUCGCAGCCUUCGUUGAUCGUUGGUGGCCUUUACAGUGGGGAGAUCUUGAUAUGGGACACGAGCAGGGUAGAAGACCCCUUGAUUGGGAGAACAGGGAUGACAGAUGACACUCAUACAGAUCCAGUCUAUCAGGUUGACUGGUUACAGGACUCAAAGCACAGUCACCACUUCCAGAUUCUGAGCGUAUCCACAGAUGGAAAGAUCCUCGUGUGGCAGACAGAGAAAGAUGGUCAGCUGAUGUUAGCUGAAGGAUUUGCCUUAGUAGCUCAGCAGAUCCCUUGGAGUAUGAAACUUAAGAAGCAUGCACGUGGGGAGUCAGCUGUGGGCGUGACCGCGCUCUCUUUCUCCCACUUUGAUCCCAGUGUGUUUAUCAUUGGUGUGGAAGGUGGAUAUUCUCUCAAGUGCUCCACUGCAGUAGAGAACACCGCUGUCCCUAGGACAGGUAGCUCUGUUCCUCUCAAGGCACCUGCACAGUUUGCCUUUACUCCUCAUGGUGGACCUGUGUACAGUGUAAGCUGCUCACCUUUCCACAGGAAUCUCUUUCUGAGUGGCAGCACUGAUGGACAUGUUCACUUACACUCCAUGCUGCAGGCACAACCCCUUAUUUCUCUCCAGUUAUCAAAGAAGUAUCUGUUUAGUGUGCGCUGGUCUCCAGUACGACCUCUGGUCUUUGCAGCUGCCACUGGAGAAGGAGAAGUGCAUCUGUUUGAUUUUGGAAAGAGCUCCCAGAAGCCUGCAGUUUCUAUAAAACAAGCAUCAGCUGACACUGAAGUGUACUGCAUAGAGUUUAACAUCAAGCAUACUCAGCUUCUGGCAGCAGGGGAUGCCAGUGGCAUGCUGAAAAUAUGGCAGCUGAGUUCAGACUUUAUUCAAGAGGGACCAAGAGAAAUGAAUCACCUUGAGCAGCUGGCAGAUGAAGUCCCUGAUUGAGACACUAACAGGUUGCUGAGUGUGUGCAUACUCACUUGAACAUCAUGCUAAACUCCUUCAGAGCCUCUUCAGUGACUCCUGUAGUGUUUCUAAAAAAUGAAGAAGCAAAGCUAGUGAAUUGAUCAUGAAAUUGCAGCAGAAGAUCACAGGCUAAUCAAAUACCAAAUUAAUUUCAGGGUGUUUGGUUUUCUGUCUGGUAUCCUCUUGAAUGAAGGUACAGCAUGCACCUGGUUAAAUUGUCACUCAUUUCACUGAGGAAUCACACAGCAAGAUGUAACUAGAACUAUUUCUCAAACUGAAGUCUUACAUAGAAAAUGUAAUACUAAUACACACUACUCAGAAAACAAAGAUGUUUAUCCUACCUGAACCAUGUGGUUUGUAACCAUCUUUUAGACAUUCCCUUCCUAGCCUUUUUAUUCCCUGAAAUGUGGUUUUAUUUUCCAAAAGGAAUGAAAACUGUAC